CUUCGGUUGUGUACGUUUGCGUGUGUCAUCCUUGAAUUUUAGUGCGGGAAAUAAAAUCGUAUACAUAAGAACAACAAAGUGAUUCCUUUGAGUUAUAUAAUUUUAAUGCCUUGUCUGCUAUAAAUUCACGACUUGGAUACGUUUCUGCAUGAGGCAGGGGGGUUUUAAAAGUAUUCGUUUAAUUGGGUUAUGGACUCAGGUCUAAAACAAAGCAGGAAACCAAAUCCGAGAGAAAAUGCUUUCCCUUUAUCAGCUGCUACCUUCUGGUACACGAUACCGACUUUCAUUCAGGGCUUCAAGCGUGACUUAGAAGAGUCGGACUUGACUGAUACCUUACCGGAACAUAAGUCAAGUAAAUUGGGAAACAAAAUGGAAAAAGCUUGGAAAGCAGAAGAAAUAAGAGCCGCGAAGGCUAGAAGUAAACCGUCGUUACAAAGAGUACUUUUUAAAGUUUUUGGUUUUGAGUUUGUUUUUUAUGGUAUUGUUUUAGCCUUGAGUGAAGCUAUAAGAUUGAACCAGCCAUUAUUUUUGGGAAAUCUUCUUGCACACUUUACUCCCAAGAGAAAUAAUACUUUUCUCACCUCUGGUUUUCAGAACGGUAUGACGCAAGAGAUAACCGAUGGAUUCUCACAAAAUCAAACUAAGGAAGUUGCUCAGCCGUUAGCUCUAGGACAAUUACUUAAAUUUUACCAACCAGGCAAUACCGAAAUUUCACAAACUGAUGCCUACUGGUAUGCUGCCGGAGUCGUUUUAUGUUCCUUGGUGAAUAUAGCUUUUACCCAUCCUUACAUGAUGGGUGUACAACACCUCGGAAUGAAGAUGAGAAUAGGAUGUUGUUCACUUAUCUACCGAAAAUCUUUGAAAUUAAGCAAAACCGCAUUGGGACAUACAACCGCUGGUCAAGUUGUUAAUUUAUUGUCCAACGACGUCAAUAGAUUUGAUGUAGCUUUAAUCUUUGCUCACCAGUUGUGGGUAGGACCAGUUGAAACCGUCGUGUGUACUUAUUUAAUGUACUUACAAGUUGGAUAUUCUGCCGUUAUCGGUGUUGGGUUCCUUCUCAUGUUCAUACCUUUACAAAUAUUUUUGGGGAAAACGAUUUCCGUUUUUCGCCUACGAACUGCCUUAAGGACCGAUGAGAGAGUUAGACUGAUGAACGAAAUCAUAUCCGGGAUUCAGGUUAUUAAGAUGUAUGCGUGGGAAAAACCAUUCGCUAAGCUAGUGUCACUUGCCAGACGAUACGAAAUUAAAUCCAUUCGAAUAUCCUCUUACAUGCGCGGUAUUACUCUCUCCUUCAUUAUGUUUACCACCAGAAUGUCAGUUUUUGCAAGCAUCUUAGCGUAUGUACUUUUCGGCUAUGGAAUUACCGCAGAGAAAGUGUUUGUUUUGACAUCAUUUUACAAUAUUUUACGGCAAACAAUGACGGUAUUUUUCCCACAAGGGAUUGCUCAAAUCGCAGAAGCGAGAGUCUCGAUAGGUCGCCUGAACAAAUUUAUGCUUUAUGAUGAAACGCAGAUAGCAAAAGAACUGAAAAAAGAUCAACAAGAAAAAUCAAAAAAAGGUGACAACACGAUUACUAAUGGAAUAAGCACAACCCCGGUUGGUGAGAUCGGGAUAUUCAUGAAAAAAGCAACUGCAAAAUGGAGCGAAGGGUCGACUGAAAAUACUUUGAAUAACAUUGAUUUGACAGCUACCCCUGGAAAACUGGUAGCUGUAAUCGGACCCGUUGGAAGCGGAAAGAGUAGUUUAUUUCAUGCUAUUUUAAAAGAGCUGACUUUAUCCGAAGGUAGCCUUAGCGUAAACGGUACUAUCAGCUAUGCUUCGCAAGAGCCUUGGCUCUUUGCCGGAACUGUCAGACAGAACAUUUUGUUUGGUCGCCCCAUGGAUAAAAUGAGAUAUAAAACUGUGAUAAAGAAAUGUGCUUUAGAACGGGAUUUCACUUUGUUGCCUUAUGGAGAUAAAACAAUUGUGGGUGACAGAGGAGUCUCUCUUAGUGGAGGACAAAGAGCUAGAAUUAAUCUUGCGAGAGCGGUCUAUAAACAAGCAGAUAUUUACUUAUUAGACGAUCCAUUAUCUGCUGUUGAUACUCACGUUGGAAAACAAUUAUUUGAAAACUGUAUUGCUGGAUACUUGAAAAACAAAACCGUCAUUUUAAUUACUCAUCAACUUCAAUAUUUGAAAGAAGUAGACCAUAUUAUGUACUUAGAUAAUGGAAGCGCAAAGGCUCAAGGUAGCUUUAAAGAACUGCAGGCAUCAGGUUUAGAUUUCACUAAAUUACUUGGAGAAACUUCUCAAGAAGAUGAAGAAGAGAAAAAGCAAGAAGAAUUAAUUAGGCAAGGAUCGAUUAGGAGUAUCGAGUCGGUGGAAGGGGAAGCCCCGAAACAAGUAGAAGAACAGAGAAGUAGUGGAUCUGUGGGAGCUCACGUGUAUUUCGGUUACUUUAAAGCUGGAGGAAAUUGCUGUGUUAUUUUUAUCCUAUUUGCCUUAUUCAUUCUGACUCAGAUUUUUGCAAGCUUGUCAGAUUACUUCAUUACAUAUUGGGUGAAUUUGGAACAAGAAGACGCGGAAAAUGCUCAAAUGGAACAAACAACUCUUUUAGAUUCGGACGUAAUGAAUUUUACAAAACUUGACGUCACUGUGCGAGCCAACGAUACCGAUACUGAUUUUUGGCAUUUUUCACGUCAGACGUCUAUUAUUAUUUAUUCCGUUAUUAUAGGCGCACUGAUUAUAAUAACACUAGUACGGUCUAUUACGUUCUUCUCUGUUUGUAUGAGAGCAUCCACAAGACUGCAUGACAAUAUGUUUGCGAGUAUAACUCGUGCCACAAUGAGAUUUUUCAACACGAAUAGUGCAGGAAGAAUUCUUAAUCGAUUUUCAAAAGACAUGGGUUCGAUUGACGAACUUUUAACUUCAGCAAUGAUAGACUGUUUACAAAUUGGCCUUGCACUUCUUGGAAUUAUAAUUGUUGUAGCUAUAGUUAGUCCGUGGUUAAUGAUACCGACAGUAAUUGCUGGAAUCAUAUUUUAUUUUUUGAGAAUCUUUUAUAUACGCACUAGCAGGAACGUUAAAAGACUGGAAGGAAUUACCAGAAGUCCCGUUUUUUCACAUUUAAACGCUUCGUUGCAAGGACUAACAACCAUCAGGGCCUUUGGUGCUGAGGAAAUUUUAGAAAAAGAGUUUGACAAUCAUCAAGACUUACACAGUUCUGCUUGGUUUAGUUUCAUUUCUACGUCAAGAGCCUUUGGAUAUUCUCUGGAUAUCGUUUGCAUGAUUUACAUAACAUUGGUGACUUUCAGUUUUUUGGUGAUAGGAAAUGAACAAUUUGGAGGAAAUGUGGGUCUUGCCAUCACCCAAGCUAUCGGUUUAACCGGAAUGUUCCAAUGGGGUAUGCGUCAGUCUACAGAACUUGAAAAUCAAAUGACUUCAGUCGAAAGAGUGUUAGAAUACAACAACAUAGAACACGAAGGCAGUUUGGAGUCGAUUCCUGACAAGAAACCGCCUCCUUCCUGGCCGAGCGAAGGCAAAAUCGAAUUCGUUAACAUAUUUUUGCGUUACUUUCUCCAAGAUCCACCCGUUUUGAAAAAUUUAAGUUUUACUAUCCUACCACAAGAGAAAGUUGGUAUUGUCGGCCGCACUGGAGCUGGAAAGUCAUCCUUAAUCAAUGCCAUUUUCCAACUGACGGAAACAGAUGGAGCUAUUUUAAUUGAUGGAAUAAAUAUCACUGAAAUAGGAUUACAUGAUUUGAGGUCAAAUAUUUCUAUCAUUCCCCAAGAACCUGUACUUUUCUCUGGAACAAUGAGGAAAAAUCUAGAUCCAUUUGAUGACUAUUCUGAUGCAGAUUUAUGGAAGGCUUUGGAAGAUGUAGAGUUGAAAGAUGCUGUGGCAGAUUUAGCAGCUGGUUUAAAUUCGAAAAUGUCAGAAGGUGGAUCUAACUUUAGUGUGGGUCAAAGACAACUCGUUUGUUUGGCAAGAGCUAUAUUGCGCAACAAUAAGAUUCUUGUUUUGGAUGAAGCUACAGCAAAUAUUGAUCCUCAAACAGAUGCUCUUAUUCAAACCACGAUUAGGAAUAAGUUUUCGGAUUGUACUGUACUUACGAUUGCGCACAGAUUGCACACAGUUAUGGACUCUGAUAAAAUAUUGGUUAUGGAUGCUGGUACUAUGAAAGAGUUUGGCCAUGCUUAUAAUUUGUUGCAAGAUACAGAUGGUAUUCUCUAUGGUAUGGUACAACAAACGGGAAAAGCUAUGUCCGAAACAUUGUACAAUGUUGCCAAAGAAAGUUUUAAUAAACUACAACAGACAUAAAAAAAAUACGAAGUUGCCUAAUGAAAUUUAGUGAGAAAUUGAGUCAGGGUUUAUCAAUCUAUGUAAAGCUUAUAAAAUUAUACUUUAAUAUUUUUGUAUUUCUUACAUUAAACUUAUUUAUUUAUCUGAAUACAUUGCUGUUGUAAAA